CGGACCAUAUCAACAUGACAGCCGCUGGUGAGAAUAGUGCUAUGGUUGUGGGAGAAGCUGCAGAAAUGGACGAAGAGGCCAAACUACAGAUGUUAAAAGGCGCAGCGUUUCUGACCACGGUGGCGUCUGUAGGCAUGAUCGCAGGAUUUGGCUCCACGUUGGCGCUGGCGAAGAAGAAGAGUCCUGAAUGGUUCAAUAAGGGCGUGGUGGCAACGGCGGCGGUCCCAGAGAGCGGGGCAUCUCUGGCGCUCAGAGCGUUGGGUUGGGGCUCGCUGUACGCCUGCUGUGGAGUCGGCCUGCUCAGCUUCACCGUGUGGAAAGUCCUGGAUGUUCACAGCUUUGCAGAGUUCAGGUUUAAGAUGCGCUCCUUCUUCCCGUCUAUUCCAAAAUCAUCCACGUCUUCACCCCAAUCUGAACCCGUGGACUGGGACUCGAUCUUCAAGUCAAAGUGAUGGUGUGCUGCUGGACGACCAUUCAGACAAGACAAAAAGGAAAUAAAACUCACCAAGACCUGGGACCGAUCCCUGCUGCGAUACCUACACUGCAGGACUAACAUGAUCCCGGUCUGGUUCCAGUUUGAGUUCCCGAUGGUUAAAAUAGUCGUUUUUUUGUAAAUACUUUUCUUUGAACUUGAACUCAUGAUUUGAUUUUCAGUUUUUUCUUCUUUUUCGUGAAACCAGACAAAAGCAGGAGGGACAUUUCUUUAUUUGGGGUUUUUCCUUCCUGGCCUCCAGGUGGCGAUAGUGAGCCUCAGAACUGCCCAGAUGUAAAACAUCAGAGGAAAAACUAAAGCUUAUUUAUUGAUUUUUGAUCAUAUGAACCUUUAUCAGUGUUUAUUAAACAAAUUAUAUUGUGAA